AUGCUUUUUAUUGUUCAAACUCGCGAGCUUCGCGGUCCUCGUGCCGGCAUGGCUCCCAUACCUAGCAAGGCUAGGGUGUAUGCGGAUGUCAACCCCUCGAAACCGCGAGAAUACUGGGACUAUGAAUCACACGUCAUCGAAUGGGGAAAUAUUGAUGAUUACCAGCUCGUUCGAAAACUUGGACGUGGAAAGUACUCAGAGGUAUUCGAAGGUGUGAAGGUUACUACGGACGAGAAAGUCGUUGUGAAAAUACUGAAACCUGUAAAAAAGAAGAAGAUCAAGCGAGAAAUCAAAAUUCUCGAAAACCUUCGUGGUGGAACCAAUGUCAUCACCUUACUGGAUGUGGUAAAAGAUCCCAUAUCACGCACACCAGCCUUGAUCUUUGAAUAUGUAAACAAUUCGGAUUUCAAGCAGUUAUACGGCACUCUUAGUGAUUUGGAUAUUCGCUACUAUCUGUAUGAACUACUGAAGGCUUUGGAUUAUUGUCAUUCCCAAGGAAUAAUGCAUAGAGAUGUAAAACCUCACAACGUGAUGAUCGACCAUGAAAAGAAACAGCUGCGCUUAAUUGACUGGGGUUUGGCUGAGUUUUAUCAUCCGAAACAAGACUACAACGUGCGGGUCGCUUCUCGGUAUUUCAAGGGUCCAGAGCUUCUAGUGGAUUACCAGUGCUACGAUUACUCACUUGACAUGUGGAGUCUGGGGUGUAUGCUAGCAAGUAUGAUCUUCCGAAAAGAACCGUUUUUCCACGGUCAUGAUAACUAUGAUCAGCUUGUUCGCAUCGCCAAAGUGCUUGGAACAGAAGAACUACACGAGUACAUUGACAAAUAUCAUAUUGAAUUGGAUCCUAGAUUCAACGAUAUUCUUGGGAGGCAUUCUCGAAAACGUUGGGAGAGAUUCAUUCAUGCCGAAAAUCAGCACUUAGUCACUCCAGAAGCCAUUGAUUUCCUUGACAAACUCCUUCGUUAUGAUCAUCAGGAACGUUUAACAGCUCGGGAGGCAAUGGCACAUCCAUAUUUCUUCCCCGUUGUCGAAGCUGCACGUCAGAGUGGUGACGCACUUUCGGUGAAGAGUGAUCAUUCAGAACUCCUUCCACAAGUAGCCGCUACAUCAUGUGUGAGCUCAGUGGUGCGCAUUUGCGCUCGUCAACUUGCCACUCCAGCCGUUGAUCCUGCAACUCCGUCACCAAUAUAUCUUGAUGUGCAGGCUACAUCACCUAUGGAUCCUCGGGUUGUGGAUGCUAUGUUGCCAUACAUGUUAAAUGAAUACGGAAAUCCCCACUCGAGAACCCAUGCUUAUGGAUGGAAGGCUGAGGAAGCGGUAGAAAAGGCUCGCGCGCACGUUGCAACUUUGAUAAAGGCUGACCCUCGCGAAGUGAUUUUCACGUCUGGUGCUACAGAAUCGAACAACAUAGCUAUCAAAGGAGUGGCGAAAUUUCAACGGCAUACAGGAAAAAACCAUGUUAUCACAUUGCAAACGGAGCACAAAUGUGUACUGGAUUCUUGUCGCUCACUGGAAACAGAAGGUUUCAAGGUGACGUAUCUUCCAGUGGAUCAAGGAGGCCGUGUUGAUUUGAAGGCCCUCGAAGAUUCUAUCACGCCCCAAACAUGCCUGGUAUCCGCAAUGUCAGUGAACAAUGAAAUUGGUGUGAUUCAGCCAAUUAAGGAAAUUGGAGAAAUAUGUCGAGAACGAAAAGUUGCCUUCCACACAGAUGCCGCUCAAGCAGUGGGCAAAAUACCUAUUGAUGUGAAUGACCUGAAAGUUGACUUGAUGUCUAUAUCAGGGCACAAAAUCUACGGCCCGAAAGGUGUGGGCGCAUUGUACGUCCGUCGACGACCGAGAGUUCGUUUGGAAGCUCAAAUGAGUGGAGGUGGGCAGGAACGUGGGCUCAGGUCCGGAACUCUUCCGGCUCCCCUUUGUGUUGGGUUAGGAGAGGCAUGUCGUAUCGCAGACAAUGAAAUGGCAAUGGACUCAGCUCAUAUUCGCCGACUUUCUAAGAUGCUUGUUGAUGGCGUGAGAUCGCGACUGGGAGAUAUCAUCCUCAAUGGCGAUCCAGAGCAUUUAUACCAUGGAUGUGUGAAUCUUUCAUUUGCGUAUGUUGAAGGCGAAUCGUUAUUGAUGGCGCUAAAAACCGUUGCUUUGUCCUCCGGCAGCGCCUGCACAUCAGCAUCGUUAGAGCCGUCGUACGUGUUGAGGGCUAUCGGAACUGGAGAAGACUUAGCUCAUUCUUCAAUUCGAUUUGGUAUUGGACGCUUCACCACCGAAAAGGAAAUCCAGCACACCAUCGAAUUGUGCGUAAAAGAAGUGCAAAGGUUGCGAGAGUUGAGUCCGCUGUGGGAAAUGGUUCAAGAAGGUAUCGAUCUGAAAAGUAUUCAAUGGACGCAACAUUGA